AACGAACCUCAAUCACUUAUCUAUAUAUAUAAAAUGAGUUAGCUCUUUGUGUGCAAUAGCUUGUCUUCAUUCAUUUUUCGAUCAACCUCAAAUGGACAAAGAAGAAGGAAGAUUGGUGAUGGCCGGUCGUGCAGAGAUCGAUACUCGAUCGCCUUUUCGAUCGGUAAAAGAAGCGGUUAGUCUAUUUGGGGAAAGAGUUUUAGCAGGAGAAAUCUAUGCCAACAAGCUCAAAGAGAUGAGAGGUGGAGCAAGUGAAAGUGGGCAAUACCAAUCCAGAAUGGGAGCUUUAACAACAGAGCUUGAAGAAACAAAGUUAAGCCUUCAAAAAGCAAGAGAAGAAGCUGAAUUAAUGACAAAUUGCAUAAAAUCUCUUAGACAAGAACUAGAGCAAUCAAAGAGAGAGUUACAAUGGCUUAAGGCAAAAGAAAUAAUGUUCAACAAGCAACCAAUUAAUAUUAUUGAUGAUCCUCAAAUUGAAGACCUCAAGUUCAUUGAAAAUCCAAGUAAUAAAAUUGAUAGUGAAGAUGAUGAUAAUGAUGAUGAAUUUGGGAAGAAAAAAUAUGUUAAAUUUGCUAGCCCUCCUUCAUUGACUAAAGUUAUGGUUACCAAAGAGGAAAUGCUUGGGAGACCAACUUCAGGUAAAAAGACCAUUAAAAGAAAGUCUUUAGCACCUAUUUUAGGGUGGCUAUUUUCUAAAAAGAAGGCAAACCAAGAUGGAGAGUCUCCAAGAGUGUAUUAAAUAUAAUCGGUGGAGAUUACGAUUCUUUCAAGUUGAUUGAACAUAACGCAAGUCGGAAACAACUUUUGAUUGUUAAUAAAAGUUUAUGAUCCUCUUCAAGAUUCAAGAGUAUCUAUAGCUAAAGCCCAUUUCUCAAUUUGGGUGUAGAAAUAAGAAAAAGAAUUCUAGGGUAAGUGUUUCUUCAUUUUUGUAAGAUUGGGCCUGAAAUAUAUGUUUAUCGCCCAGGGUAAUUCAUGUUCAGCAUUCUGUAUAUGCUUUAAAGGUGUUUUUUUUUGUGUUAUAAUAUUGUAACAAGUUAGAUGCCAAUUUGAAUAUUGAAAAAAAAAUAAUUAAA